UCUUGUGUUUCUCGUAGAACAUAUUUAGAUGCGACACCGCCAACAUGGAUGCGGGUUCGCAGCGUGUGCUGGACUACCUGACAGAAGUGGAAGAAGCAGCCGAGGAGGUUAUCACAACCAAACAGCAGAUAGUGGACCUGGACUUGAAGAGAAACCGGAACAGGGAGGCGCUGAACGCUCUCAAACAUGAGCUGUCUGAUUCAGAGAAUGUGAAGGUUUGCUUUGGAAACAUGUUUAUUGAGUUUGACAAAUCCAAAACUAAAGGGAUGGUCCAGAAAGACCAAGAACAGCUGGAUAAAGAAAUAAAUAACCUUCGCAGAGAACUGAAAACUAAAUUCAAUCAUCUCAAUGAGAUUCAAGGUAAACCGGAGCUCAGAGGCUACAGACUGUCUGCACUGUCCUCUGAGGAGAUCAAAUCUAUCAACAGCCUCCUGAAGACCUGAUUCUCCGGCUGUUUCGAGUCACUUCUGAGAGAAUGAAGCGCCAAAGCUGCAGGCCUGAGUUCCAGCGCCACAUUUAAACAUCAUUUAAACAUGCUUAUUAAAGGCACCUUGGCUGGACGGUUGGACUGUCGGGGAUUCGUGCAGGACACUUCUGCAGGUUCAAAAGAUGACAAACAUGUCCUUUUUUGCACCCGGUUCCUGGACUGUUUUAAUAAAGUUCAUAUCUAUUAUAUUUACAGUUUUAAAGUUGUUUCCUUUAGUAGACAGCAGCAGAAUCUAUAUUAAACAUCUUCUAGAAUUGUAGUAGUUAAAGAUGGCUGUACUGACUGGUCAAAGUCCACUUUCCAAACUCUCUUUAAAGGAGAUGUUUGGAUGUCCAUGUUCCUCUGACUCUGAAGUUUUUGUGUAAAUAAUCUUUUAAAAGAAAUAAAAGAAUUUAUUAUCAAGUA